AUGAAGGCUCUCAUUCUCGUCGGCGGUUUCGGCACGCGGCUGCGGCCGCUCACCCUGAGCGUGCCCAAGCCGCUCGUCGACUUCGCGAACAAGCCCAUGAUCCUCCACCAGAUCGAGGCGCUCAAGGCAGCGGGGGUGGACGAGGUCGUUCUCGCCAUCAACUACCAACCCGAGGUGAUGAUGACGUUCAUCAAGGAGUACGAGGCGAAGGUGGGCAUCCGCAUCGUGUGCUCGCAGGAGACGGAGCCCAUGGGCACGGCGGGCCCGCUCGCGCUCGCCAGACACAUCCUCGACGACGGCUCGGGCGACCCCUUCUUCGUGCUCAACAGUGACGUCAUCAGCGAGUACCCGCUGACGCAGAUGCUCGACUUCCACAAGAAGCACGGCGGCGAGUGCACCAUCAUGGUCACCAAGGUGGAGGAGCCAUCGAAGUACGGAGUGGUGGUGGUGGACGAGGCAACAUCAUGCGUGCAGCGGUUCGUGGAGAAGCCCAAGGUGUUCGUGGGGAACAAGAUCAACGCCGGCAUCUACCUGCUGGACGCGCGCGUGCUCAACCGUAUCGAGCUGCGCCCCACGUCGAUCGAGAAGGAGGUGUUCCCCAAGAUCGCGGCGGAGAGCAAGCUGUUCGCCAUGGUGCUGCCGGGCUUCUGGAUGGACGUCGGCCAGCCGCGCGACUACAACAGCGGGCUGCGCCUCUACCUCGAGUCGCUGCGCCACAACCAUCCGGAGCGGCUAGCAGAGGGCAAGCACAUAGUGGGCAACGUGCUGGUGGACCCCAGCGCCACCAUCGGCGACGGGUGUCUGAUCGGCCCCGACGUGUCCAUCGGCCCCGGCUGUGUGAUCGCUGACGGCGUGCGGCUGGCGCGCUGCACCAUCAUGCGCGGUGUGCGCAUCAGCAAGCACGCCUGCGUCACCGGCAGCAUCGUCGGGUGGCAUUCAACGGUGGGGCAGUGGGCACGGCUGGAGAACAUGACAGUGCUGGGGGAGGACGUGCACAUUCAGGACGAGGUGUAUGCCAACGGGGGCGUGGUGCUGCCGCACAAGGAGAUCAAGGCCAACAUUCUCAAGCCUGAGAUCAUCAUGUAG